CUCUCUCUCUCAUCGUCAUAUCCCCUGCUAUAGCUUAUAUCAAUAGUUCCCACAGUUUCCACAUCAAACCCAUAAUCAUCACGCCUCUACCAGCCCACAAUCCUCCCUCUCCCUCUCUCUCUCUCUCUCUCUCUUCCUAAAAUGUCCAUUAACCAUUUCUCACAAGACCUUCCAGAAAACCUUUGGUGGUCACAACAACAACAACAAAACCUUAUCAUGGAACCCAACCCAAACUCCUCUCCUUCUUCUAAACCAAACAAUCCCUUAAUUUCUACCCAAAAUUCUUCCUUCCCUUCCAAUCUUUACAGCUUUUCUUACAAUCUUCAGCGCCAUAGUCACCACCCCAUGUUCUCUCCGGCCACCCAAAACGACGACGAAGAACUUCAAGACCCAGAAGAAGAACAAGAGGGAGGACCAGUAUUACAACAAAUUGCCAAAGAAACCAUGUUUGAGAAACCGUUGACUCCCAGCGAUGUAGGGAAGCUAAACCGUUUAGUUAUACCAAAACAACAUGCAGAGAAAUACUUCCCACUCGGUCCUGACUCAGUUGAUAAUAAAGGUCUGAUACUGAGUUUCGAGGAUGAGUUAGGCAAGUGUUGGCGGUUUAGGUAUUCGUAUUGGAAUAGCAGUCAAAGUUAUGUGUUGACUAAAGGCUGGAGUAGAUAUGUGAAGGAGAAGCAACUCGAUGCUGGUGAUGUCGUUUUGUUCGAACGACAUCGAACAGACGGCGAGAGAUUUUUUAUAGGGUGGAGGAGAAGAGGAGAUAACAGUAAUAACAAUAACAAUAGCAGUGGGGGAGUGAUGGUGCAGGGUAGCGGUGGUGUGUUGUGGAGUAGGAGAUUGUAUUCUUCAUCUGGACACCAACCUUAUCAACAUGGUCAUGGGGCUAAUGUUACUUCUACUGUCCCAUAUCAACCUGACUGUCUUCAUGCAGGGUCUAGUGGGCAGAACCAAACAACAGCAUUAGGGAACUCAAAGAGGCUAAGGCUAUUUGGUGUGAAUUUGGAGUGCCAACUUGAUGAGUCUGAGCCAUCUACACCAGAUGGUUCAUCAUCUUUGUCGAGCCAGGGUCUAACCCAACAACAACAACAACAAGAAGAGAUGUACAGCUUUCAUUCUGGUUAUUCUUCUUCUUCAAAUAGCUGUCACAAUCACAUGGAUAUCACUAUCUCACGAGAUGUGAACCAGAUGAGAAAUCGCCGAGGAUAAGAUCUGUGGAUGGGACGUUUCUGGAUUUGACUUAAUACAACUCUGCCCACUCUCCUCUACUUGGACAGCAAGGUCAAAAAUGAUUUUUAUGUUAUUAUAAUAUAAUCUUUUUUUAAAAAAAGAAAAAGAAAUUCCUGAAUUUCAGGUGCAAACUUUAAGCCAGGUAGGGUGAGGGGGGGAGGGGCAGGCAGUAGUAGUGAAGCAAAUUGGAGAAAUAGGGUUAAGGAAGGAUGGGAAGUGGGACCCAAAGAAACAAUGAGAGAGAGAGAGAGAGAGAGAGAGAGAGAGAGGAAGGAAGGCCAAUUAUGACGUAAGCAAUUUCCAAAGGGGAAAAAAAUUUGGGGAUUGAGGAAUCUAUUUGGGCACUGUUGAGAUUCUGGCUGAAGAUUUUUGAUAAUCAUAGUUAUGGGAAUUAGGAAGGAAAGAUUAGGUUGAGGUAUGGUGGUGGGUGGGUGAGUUUUGAGGGUGGCCUUGAAUAGAUUGAUCACAGCCACUCUUUCUCACAUCUCACAUCAAUCUAUUUAUCUAAGCUGCUCUGCCUUUUCUUUUUAUUUUCUUCUUUUUGUAACAAUGAGAGAGCUUCUUCUCUCAAUUAUUAUUAUUAUUAUUAUUAUUUUGCUAUUGAGUAAUUGUAAUUUAUUGGUAGUCAAGGAAAUGCCAAGAAAAGGUGUUAUUAGAA